GCAGAAAAUGUCCGUUGGUCGCAGGGUCAGCUGGAGCUGGAGUCUCAGCUGAAGACCGUGUGCGGGGACGUGCUUGUGGCUGCUGCUUUCGUCUCUUACGCCGGAUGCUUCACGCAGCCGUACCGUCACCAACUCUUUCACGACAUCCUCUUUCCUUUCCUCCGAGAACUCAGAACCCCUAUCCCGCUGACAGACGGUCUGGACCCUGUACUUACGCUGACUGACCAGGCCACCGUGGCAGGCUGGCAGAACCAGGGCCUGCCAGCUGAUCGGCUGUCCGUUGAAAAUGCAGCCAUCCUGACGGAGAGCCAGCGCUGGCCUCUGAUGGUGGAUCCUCAGCAGCAGGCCAGCACGUGGAUCCGAAAUCUGUACGGGCCCAACCUGAGGGUGCUGCAGUAUGGCCAGAAAGGGUUCCUGGAUGUUAUUGAGCAGGCUUUGGCUGCUGGUGAGGUGGUCCUGAUCGAAAACGUGAACGAGACAGUGGACCCUCUUCUGGAACCAUUGCUAGGAAGGCAGACCUUAAAGAAAGGAAGGCAAGUUUAAUGGCACUGAUGAAGGCACCGAUUCUCUCAUUGAGUGCAUUGCGGUAAAAAUUACUCCAAAAAAUGUUGUACGGCAGCAGAUUUUAGCAUGUUUUAGCUCCAUUCUUUGCUCUGUGCAGUAUGAAAACUAGAAUGGAAGAUGAAUUAGGGUUGUGUGAUUUGAAUAGAGGUGAAGGCAGCGGUAUUGAUUCUGCACUCACAGAAGCUGAUAAAUGUGCAUUUGUUUGCUCUUUUUCUUUGUGUGUGCUGAAUACGGAUCAGUUUUGGGCAGCCAGUGUUGUGUUUUAACCCUGAGACAAAAAUAUAUACA